AUGGGUGCAUUUAUUGCCAAGAUGCUGCUCCCUACAGUCAGCAGCCUGGUGUUCCUGCCUACAGCCAGCGUGGCCGCCAAGAGGGGCUUCCACAUGGAGGCCAUGGUCUACUUUUUCACCAUGUUCUUCACUGCGAUCUACCAUGCAUGUGAUGGACCAGGUCUCUCCAUCUUGUGUUUCAUGAGAUACGACAUCCUGGAGUACUUCAGUGUUUACGGCACUGCACUCUCAAUGUGGGUCACACUUAUAGCUCUGGGUGACUUUGAUGAACCCCAGCGCUCCACUAUGACUAUGUUUGGAGUGUUAACCAUCGCUGUGAGGAUCUACCAGGACCGCUGGGGCUACGGGAUCUACUCCGGGCCAAUCGGAUCAGCUGUCUUCAUCAUUACUGUCAAAUGGCUGCAGAAGAUGAAGCAGCUGAGGGCGGUUUAUCCAGAGAAGACAGUGUACACGCAGCAGGUCGGUCCAGGCUGCUGCUUCGGUGCUCUCGCUCUAAUGCUGCGCUUCUACUUUGAGGAGUGGGACUACGCCUAUGUCCACAGCUUCUACCAUCUGUCUCUGGCUGUUUCCUUUGUGCUGCUGCUGCCAAAGAAGAACCGCUAUGCAGGGACGGGAGAGAACGCUGCUAAGCUCAGCUGCUUCACUCUCUGCUGCUGUACCAUGUCCCCUGGUUCUUCUAAAGAGAAGAAAGACAAGAAAGACAAACCGAAAAAGAAGUCAUCUGGGACUGUGUGGACGGUCCCCACAGAAAAGCCGUGGGCACGAGGCUGUAGCACCCCCACCCUGCCUCUUUAUAACCCCCCUCCAUCCACACCUGUCAAAGGGACCAGUAUCAGCAAGCUCAAAGAGAUGAACGGCUGGAAGUGA